AUGGCGAGGAGGCUGGACGUGGCCGCGGCCGAACUGUGCACGUGGCUCGACGGGUUUGCCGAAGCCUCCGUCGUGUACGUCUGCUUCGGGAGCAUGGUGGUGCUGCUGGAGCCUCACGCGGCAGCAAUGGCCGCCGCGCUGGAGCGGACGUGGGUGGCCUUCGUGUGGGCGGCCGGCCCCGCGGCGUCGCUUCCGGCGGGGUUCGAGGAGCGCAUGGAGGCCUUCGUGUGGGUGGCCUUCGUGUGGGCGGGCGGCAGGGGCACGGUGGUCCGCGGGUGGGUGCCGCAGGGAGGGGGCUCGCCGGCAGAGGGAGCGAGGGGAGGGCGUCGCGGGUCAUCGGAGUAG